UCUCAUUUUUUUUUUUUGUUUGUUUGUUAAUUAUUGACAUCCUGUGUAAACAAAAAACGCGCGUGGUCCAGAUGACCCAAUAGGACAGUGGGUAACACACGCAUUUUCUCUGCCUCAGCCGGCAUUAAUCACCCCGUGUUGAAGUCGUUUAACUCUUAUCUCCAGUCAGCUGCUCACAAAGCGCCGAGCGGCCUUCGCAGCUGGCCGACAGAGAAGAUGGGUUCUGCGGGUCGCCUGUUCUGGGCGCUGCUCGCUGUGGUUCUGCUGGGGCUGCAUCACUCCGCCGGCUUCUGGAUCGUCAACGUGGUUUUCCCUCCCAGCAGCACCAAACCCAAAGCACCGAGCAACAGCACGUCGCCGCUCAUUAUCGUACCAGGGAACCUGGGGAACCGCCUUGAAGCCAAAAUAGACAAACCAACACUGGUCCACUGGCUGUGCUACAAGAAAACUGAACACUGGUUUCCUCUGUGGAUCGACCUCAACAUGUUCAUGCCGAUAGGUGUGGACUGCUGGAUAGAUAACAUCAGACUUGUUUACAACAGGACAACACGGCGCUCAUCCAACUCACCAGGGGUGCAGAUCCGGGUUCCGGGGUUUGGGGAGACCUACUCCAUAGAGUUUCUUGACCACAACAAACUGGCCGGUUAUUUUUAUUCCAUGGUGCAACAUUUGGUCGACGUCGGCUACGUCCGGAAUGAGACGGUCCGUGGAGCGCCAUACGAUUGGAGAUUGGCACCAAAUGAGAAUGCUGCCUAUUUUAUACAGCUGCAGGACCUGGUUGAGGAGAUGUACAACCAGUACCAGAAACCAGUUUACCUCCUGGGUCAUAGCCUGGGCUCCCACUACGUCCUCUACUUCCUCAACCACCAGCCGCAGGCCUGGAAGGACAAGUACAUCAGGGGCUUUAUUUCCCUUGGAGCUCCAUGGGGUGGCGCUGUUAAAGCGCUCAGAGUCCUGGCCUCAGGUGUAAAUAAUGGCAUCCCAAUGAUUUCCAACAUCAAGAUCCGUGAGGAGCAGAGGAUGGUGACCACCAAUCCCUGGAUGCUGCCGUCAGAAGAAACUUGGCCAGAGGACCAUGUUUUCAUCUCUACUCCAAGCUUUAACUACACACAUCGGGACUACAAGCGUCUUUUCACAGACAUCAACUACGAGGAUGGCUGGCACAUGUGGGAGGACACAAAGAACCUCACCAGUAAUCUCUACCCGCCCGGUGUAGAGGUGUGGUGCAUGUACGGCGUGGGGCUUCCGACGCCCGUGACCCACAUUUACGAAGAGGAUUUUCCCGACGGGGACCCGGUGGACUUUGUUUACGCCGACGGAGACAACACGGUGGCGAGCUUUAGCAUGGGACUGUGCAAGCGCUGGGCGGGGCAGCAGGAGCAGCCCGUCCACGUGACGGAGUACAGGGGUCUGGCCCACCUGGACAUGGUGUUCCACGAGAAGGUGCUCAAUCAGAUCCAGCAGAUCCUGGAGGGUAAAUCCGACGUGCCCAAAGAAGUCGAUGUCCGGUUGGAUGUAAAAUAACAGACAUCACAGGGCUGUGUUUGGUUUAACCUACAGAUUGCUGGAUUCUUCUGUACAAAUGUAAAAAAACAAGCAUAUGUCGGGUCAUUAAGUUCAGCUAUAAAUUGUUCUGGACUGGAGGAGUCUGACUCUGUCCCUCUCAUUUACACUGAACUAUUAGUUCAUCUGUACUCUGUUUAUUUCCACAUUUACACCAUAUCAGUGUUAUUUUUAAAGCAUGUAUUCAUCUAACUCAAUGGUACCAACUGUUUUGUGCUUUCGAUGUUUUGUGUUUUCAUUAGUGUUUGUAUUUUUGUAGAAUUCAGAGAUAAAGUUCAGUAGAUUUGGCAGUUCAGUGUAAAAAUUGCGCUUUAUUUGUGCAAAAACGAACUUUUACAUUUGCAUAAGAUGUUCAUAGAUGCAUAAGAUGAAGAUAGAUGUUUCACAUCUCUCAAACUGAGACCAAGGAUUCUCCAGUGUAGUCCAGAUUGAAAGACGACUAAAACAAGUCAAAAGAUUUUGCACAUCACAAACGUCUAUAAAAACUUUGAUUUUCUGUGCUGAUUCUAAGAUUCUUCGUCCAACCUUAUUUGUCACUGUUCAGAAGCAUAAAUCUGAGUGUAGAUAUGAACAGGAUUAAGCGAGUUCCGAUUUUAUUCUAUCAAAUUUCUGGCUUUUAUAGAUCAACACUCAUCUAACUUAAAUAGCAUGUUCUCUUGUUUUACUCAUUUUGAGGAGUGGCCCUGAGUAACUCUGUGUCACAUCAUAUUUAUACCUCAUGGAACCAGGAUGUCACGGAUUACUAAUGAAUUAAAAACUAAAUCAAACACUUUCAUCAACAUAAAAAAGUGGGAAUUGAAGGAAAGUUUUAGUUUAUAAGAAUUGAUAGUUUAACCCUAUUGGCUUUGUUGACAGUUAUUGUAUAAUCUAGAUUAUUUUUCUGACAGUGAAUAAAUGUACACACGUUAGAAGUAGAUUUUUUUUUCUUACACUUUUCUGUGUGACAUUUGGCUUCUGCAGUAAAACAAUUUCAUUUAAAGUUUCUUACCCACGUUUACCAGGGUAAACGUGUGGAGACCGUUGUUUCCUCAGAUAUAAACAGCUAAGCC